CUAGGUAUAUAUGUUGGGUUUUGUUUUUUUUUUUCGGGGAACACUCUUUUCCUCUCUGAAGCCUCCUGAAGUGACCGAACUAGGGACUCCCGAACUUGAGCGCUGUUCUUCUCCUCCUCUCCGUCUCCUCCGAGCUCCAGCCUCCAGUUCUUCCGUUUUUCGGCGGCUCGCGGCUCAGCCCUUGAUCAAUGUUCAAAAUUGCUGGGUUAUUCACUCCACCGAAAGAGGAAGUUCAAGCCCCACCGAGCUUGUAAUCCUGGAUCCGCCCCUGCAGCCGUUCCGAUGGCCAUCGACUCUCUCGUUCUGGGCGCUGGGCAAGAGGUAGGCAAGAGCUGUGUGAUUGUGACGAUAAACGGGAAACGCAUCAUGUUCGACUGUGGAAUGCAUAUGGGCCACCUCGACCACCGCCGCUACCCGGACUUCUCUCUCAUCGGCCCAAACUUCAAUCAAACCCUCACUUGCAUCAUCAUUACUCACUUUCAUCUGGAUCACAUUGGCGCGCUCCCUUACUUCACUGAAGUCUGCGGUUACAGUGGCCCCAUUUACAUGACUUAUCCGACGAAGGCGCUGGCGCCUUUGAUGUUGGAGGAUUAUAGGAAAGUGAUGGUUGAGAGAAGGGGAGAGGAGGAACAGUUUACGUCGGAGCACAUUGUCGAAUGCAUGAAGAAAGUUAUACCGGUGGACCUGAAGCAGACGGUGCAGGUUGAUAAGGAUCUUCAAAUCCGUGCUUACUAUGCAGGACAUGUUCUUGGAGCUGCAAUGUUUUAUGCAAAGGUGGGAGACGCUGCUAUGGUGUACACAGGAGACUAUAAUAUGACACCAGAUAGGCAUCUUGGAGCAGCUCAAAUUGAUCGACUAAGUUUGGACCUUGUUAUUACAGAGUCCACAUAUGCAACAACCAUUCGUGAUUCAAAAUAUGCCCGGGAAAGAGAAUUUCUCAGAGCUGUUCACACUUGUGUUGCUGGUGGGGGAAAAGUGCUAAUUCCUUCGUUUGCUCUGGGAAGAGCUCAGGAACUCUGUAUCUUAUUGGAAGACUACUGGGAGCGCAUGAAUUUAAAAGUUCCUAUUUACUUCUCAGCAGGUUUGACGCGUCAAGCCAAUAUGUAUUAUAAGAUGCUCAUCAGUUGGACCAGCCAGAAAAUCAAAGAGACAUACUCCACACAUAAUGCAUUUGAUUUUAAAAAUGUUCACAAAUUUGAACGGUCUAUGAUAGAUGCUCCUGGACCUUGUGUUCUGUUUGCCACACCAGGGAUGAUCAGUGGUGGUUUUUCACUUGAGGUUUUUAAGCACUGGGCUCCUUCAGAAAAGAAUCUUGUUACAAUGCCAGGGUAUUGUGUGGCUGGAACCAUAGGACAUAAAUUAAUGUCGGGUAAACCGACCAAAAUUGAUCUGGACAAGGACACCAGAAUUGAUGUGCGAUGCCAGAUUCAUCAAUUGACUUUCAGUCCUCAUACAGAUGCCAAAGGGAUUAUGGAUCUGGUGAAGUUUCUUUCUCCCAAGCACGUGAUUCUUGUUCAUGGUGAGAAGCCUAGGAUGGCUACUCUAAAAGGAAGAAUUCAAUCCGAACUGGGAAUUCAAUGCUACGACCCUGCAAACAAUGAGACCGUGUCAGUUCCGUCCACCCACUAUGCGACAGCAGUAGCUUCUGAUGCAUUUGUCCAAAGUUGCUCAAAUCCAAACUUCAAGUUUUCUACAAGCGGCUCAGAACACGAGCAAGGUUCAAGUUCGAGUAACAGAAAAUCCAUUCCACGACUGCAAGUAAGUGAUGAUAGGGUAGCCGAAGGGAUCUUGGUUAUGGAGAAAAACAAAAAAGCCAAGGUAGUGCACCAAGAUGAGCUCCUGGUCAUGUUAGAAGAAAAGAAGCACCAAGUGAAGUUUGCAUAUUGCUGUCCUGCUCACAUUGGUAACUUGCAAGAGAAUCAAGAGACUGAGAGCACCGGUCUGCCUCUGUCUUCAACAAACAAUGAUAUGCUUCAGCUAUUGUCUGCAAAACUCACAAAUGAACUCUCCGAGGUGAACAUUCAAGAUUUCGGGGAUCACCUUCAAGUGGAGUCGUUUCGCGUGUCCAUUUGUUCGAAGGAGGAUUGCCCUUACAGAUUAAGUGACAACGGUGGUGAAGAGCACUAUGAACCAAUGUUCUUUUGCUGCAGUUGGGCAAUGGAAGAUGAGAAGCUUGCAUGGAAAGUCAUCUCAAUGUGUCAAAAAUAAUAGUAUUAGUGUAUAAAAUUUUAUAUAAAUAUUAGCAUCUGUAUCAAUCA